GCUCCCCGCCCAGCGCAGCGCACGGCGUGCAUGAGGAAGUGCUGGCGAGUCGCUCUGCGUUCGUGAGCGGCGCUUUGUGUCGCUUAAAGGGGUUCGGUCACCUCGAAUUCCCUGGACUAAUACCGGAACUGAUGCGCUCUUGGCGAGAUGGUCAAUCUGGGACUGUCCAGGGUCGAUGAUGCGGUGGCUGAAAAGCACCCGGUCUGUAUUGCGAGGCCUGCGGGAGUACGCUGCCUGCCAGUCUCGUGCCUUCAUGAAAGGGAUCGGGACCUUCGUACUGGGCUCGGCUGCAGUGUUCUUCCUGCAGAGGGCGCUACACAGGCGGCUGCCCUGCUCCCUGCAGUGGAGCCUGCUGCUGUCUUUAGGGGCAGGCUCGGUGUGUAGCUACGCGGUGACGCGCUCCGAAACUCAGAAGUGCUCCGACCUCUGGAUCUACCUGGAAACAGGAGAGCAGCCUUCAGGGAGGACUGGAGGAGAGGAGAUCUCCCAAGCAGCACCCCCUGCGGAGACCGGGACAAAGACGACGCGUUACGGAGACGACAUGGAGUGACCAGCGUUGGGCCUAUAGUCUCAUUUCCAGUGUCCUCAAGACACAGCUGUGAGAUUGUUCCACACUGUGAGGCGACAGACUGGGGAAGGUGCUGAAGAAAUAAAUAUUGUUGGUAUUUUCA